AUGCUCAAAAGCGAAAGCUCCGUCGAGCAGCCAGUCUGCCUCCGCGUCCAGGAAAUUUCGCAGGAGGUUGGAGAUUUUCUCAUAUCCCUCCCGGUGUCACUGGAAUCGCAGAAGACUCAAGUCUUCCUGAUACACGGUAUUAACAAGGAAAAGGUGCCAAAAGAGUGCCAGGAUGCAGUGUCGGUCCUUGUGCACCAGCUUCAACUGUACCGAGGUAGCGCAAAGGCUCUGAUGGCACUUCCAGAAUCAGACGGUGUCAAAGAGGACGUCGAUUUCCACUUAUCCCUCGCACAGUACUUCGUGGACGUUCUGGAUAAGUUCAUAACUGAGCUUCAAAGGGAUUCUCCCGGUCCACGUUCCAAGUGGCGGUCAUGCUACCUUGACUUUCACUUCGCUAUGGCGUUGGCCGGCAACUCAUUUACAAAUGAGCAACAAGCCACCGCACUCGAAAAGAUCGAUCGCACGUGGAACGACUUUCUGCAGAAGAAGUCCUAUACACCAGUGCAGCAGCUUGAUCUCGGAAAAAUGCAUGACACGUUCUGCAAAGAUGGGGACGACGUGUGCGGUUCUUCUCGCACUCAUCAGCGUUCGCUCGAAGAAAUGAUCACACAGGUCAUCGAACCACACACUAUUCACAAGGCAGCAGAGACGAAUCAGAACCAGAAGACUUUACGGCUCAAAAAUCUCACUACGGCGGAUGUUAAUACAUCCCCUGUGGAUAUGGCUGGCAAGACUCGCAAGGGUAGCCGCAAUGUAAAUGCCAAAGGUUCUCAUACAGCGACUCAGGAGCAGAGGGCCGGAAAGCCUAACCCCAGUGUCAAAACAACUCUUUCACUGGUGGGAAGCUCAAUACCAGCGAAAAACUCUGAAAUCAAUGCAAUCGAUAGCGACGUUGUUCAGAAUAUAUUUGAGUUGCAGGAGAAUAUCAAGAAGCCCCGUAAUCGUAUUAUCCACGCCAGGACUAAGGAGGUAGUGAGGUCCGAAAUGACGAUCCAGCCGGAGGACGAGGGUUUUUCUGACAUGAAGGAUGUUGUUCUCGAAGCAUCAGCGAAUACGUUUGAAACCAAGGAAGUCGAAAAAAGGAUUUAUACGUCUACCAAAGGUGUACGCCACCCAAAAAACGCGACAACGAAUAACAACGUGAAGUCUAGAUCCAAGGGGACACUUGAAGCCGAAGUACAUCGUGACGCCUCGGGUGAUUCAGACAUGAAAGACGGUGAUAUCCAAGAGAUUCCGAAGAAUGCUAAAGAAGUCGCCAAAAAAGUCUACAAGUCUACGAAAGGCGGGCGGAGCCGGAAGGAUGCAAGCCAGAAGAACAAAGCGAAGUCUAAGGAGACAAUUGAAUCCGAAGAUGAGCAUCACUCUGGGGUAGACAUACCAGAAUCAAACGCAGAGCCCGGGGACUACGAUCAUGUGAAAUUUCCUCGUGAUUUGGAUGACUGGGACGAAUAUAUCGAGAAAGUUUUCAAGGAGGGCAACUCGCAUGUUUUUCUCAAACUUGCCGCUUGGAUAUCUUGUCGCUUCUGCGAGCUUGCAGGCAUCAGCAAGGAAGAUGAAUUAAAGGGAUUGGUGAUCCCAAAACAUCCAGGUUGGUUUAAGUUUGACAGCAAUGAUCAUUUUCUCGAAGCCUUGGGCAUGGAACGCUUGUACGCUGCGACGGCGCACAUGGACACACACCCUGAAUACCUCGCGUGUAUCUUCCGUCAACUCGGUGAGCUGGAGUCGGCAAACGAAAUGGGAAGCAGCCACCCUCGACUCAGGCCCCUGCCAUCCCCACCGACGCCGGUUGCAAGCAUGAUGUCGGCUCACGAGCUCCCCUGGUUAUUAUCAUUCGUUCACAGCAGUGAAUCCGACGAUGUGGGAGAUUUAAUGGAUCAUCGGGUGGGAAACGGUACGGUAAAGCGUAAACGGACGUUAUCGAAUGCGACGUUGACGCCAGAGUCGGAACAUGUGCCUGCUGCGAAACGUGUCAAGGGUGGAAUUCGAUCUACGUCACCAGCGUUCAACAGUAUGACUCCUGCUUCGAACAGCGACUUCCCAAUGGGUGGUGGCACCAUGACGCACCCUACACUGUCUCCUGAAUCUGUAUCGUCAUCUAUAUCUAACAUCACCAAAGCCCUUCUCUUGGACGAAAGUUCAGGUUCGACCAGUGAGCCUGCGGAUACAAGAGAGGCUGUCACAGACACUGAUGGAGAUGUAUUUACGAAUGAAGCGCCUGAGAUGGAAGAAGCUAUGGUAGACAUUGUCGAAGGCGUCGCUGGUUCUUUGAGUGAGCCUGUGGAUGGAUCAUGUUUUAAGGCUGUCGAAGACGGUUCUGGAUCCAAGUGCAAGUCUUCUGAGACGAAAGUCGUUGACUUGGAGGUGGGUGCAGCAUCCCCAUCCAGAAAACCUAUCACCAUCCAGUUCGAAGCAUCACAGUCGAUCAGCGACCUCAACACACAAAGUGCAUCUGAUCCUCGUCACCUGUCCAAGAACGAUGAAGAGGAUUGGUUUGCUGACAUGCGGGGUGUCGCCCGUCAGCUCAGCUGA